AUAGGGCAAGCGAGCAUCGCUUGGCCCUUCUCUGCGCGCGGUGGCGGCAUCGGCGGCGGCAGCACGCAAUCAAUGGCGAUGCAUGUGCGACGCCGCAGUCGUUCGCAGCAUCCAGAGGUGUGUCGACGGCUCGCCUCGUCUCGCUCGAUCGUCCAGCCGCGCUGCCCCCGUCAUCGCGCGUUCCCUGCGUUGUCUCCGCGAUCCGGCGUCGCCGAAAAGGGGUGGCCGGUGGCAGUUGCAGUCGCUGCCGCACCGAGCUAGUAAAUAUUUCGCGCGGCACGCACCACAGCUCGUCGUGCGUACGCGAUGUUAAGUAACCCGCGUGGAUUAUUUACAUCGCUGCAAAGCACACUUCCAAGGACCAACUAAUAAUCCAACCGAGAUUGUUAUCGUGCACCGCGCAUCGCUGCUUCCUCCAAGAAACACGAGUAUUUUGUUGAGCGUUGAAUACCAAUGGAGAUUUGAUCCUGUAGAGAAUGAAUGCCACCACGGGGAAUCUCACCCUGCCGCUGGGCGCGACUCCCCCAACGUUAGCCAACGUCACCGGCGGUUUCCUGCUGCUGGGGGGCGCGCGCGUGGGCGGUGAAGCGCGGGCUACGACAACAUCAUCGCUGGUGACCACCACGACGAAGUUGCCUUAUGUGCCGGUGGCGCCCAACGCAACUCUACCCCCGGAACAGUACCGCUUCAUACCCGGAUCCACUCCGACCUUCACCAACGGCACGGUGAUCACCCCCCGCCUUCGGGAACCGCCGUUCAAUGGAACGGGGUAUUACAUCGAGGACGGCGAAGCGGAAGCAGGUCUUAAUGAAAUUCAAACGUUAUUCCUGGCAUGCUUCGCCACACUAAUCCCGUUGGUAAUUAUACUAGCGACCGGUUUUACAAUUAGGAUCCUGUGGAAACGAUACAAGCGACGGAGAAAUUGUAUGAACUACGAUGGCGUGGUGCAUCGAGAUAGCAGCGUCGAGAGUAACGACAGACCGUUACAUUCGCAUCUUCUCAAUGGCGACAAGUACGGUGAGACCCACAUAAACACCGAGGAACUCUGCGACGGGGAAAUCGUCAACGGCAUCAAAAGCAGCGGCACGCAUCGGAAUCACGCAACGACAAAUGGAAGUAUCAUAACUAUGACACUGAAGAAUAACCAUCUUAUUGUAGAAACAGAGGAGCGAAAUGACAUCGAGGAGGACAGCAGGGAGACUACCAUGAAAUAUUCCCCGAGUGCACGUGACGGAGUUUUCGUUGUGGAGGUACAGCAGGGAGGCCGACGAGGUGGACCCAAUUGCAACAAAACACCCGGUAUUGCAGGUGGGGAGCAGUGUGCUCUCAUACACCAACCACCCGAACGAUUUGAUGAUGAAUUACUGGAAGGUGAUGAAAAGUUUUACCCAGAGACCACAUCUCCGAAGCACAGAACACCGGAACGCUUACCAUGCAAGACGGGCCUCACACAAUCCAACCAAAGUUUGUCUAACCAAAGCUACGCCUAUGGCAAUCAGCAAGGUUACGACAAUGGUUCGUACGGGUAUCCUACCUAUGCGGGAUAUGUGAAUGAUGAACCUCUACAGAAACUCGAAGAUCGCGACAAGCCGAAGAUCACGGCCGCGAUUUACAAGAACCACGACAGUUUCGAUCAGCUAGAUGCUGAUGUGGACGACGACCAGAAGGAGCAGAUUCGGCUUGGUAACGAGCACCGUACCAGUCAGGAGGAUUAGAGAGAAUAUAAAGAGAUAACACUUGAAUUCACAAUUUAGCGUUUGACUUAAAAGCUCCAUUGCAUGAUGUCAAGCUGAUAUUCACAUGCGGCGUCGUUCUCGCAUUACGCCACGCACGAUCUCUGCCUUUUCGCCAGAACCUGUUUGGUCCUUUUAUUGCGCUCACAGUUUAAAGACCUUUAUGGGUCAAGUCAGGUUAUUCGGGCCUCGGCACAAGCCUCGCGUGUGGUUUUCGUGCAUCGGGGGCUCAUAGAAGGAAUGCAGGCGUUUGCAGCACGCAUUCUAGGAACGAGCACCACUGCAACGGCCGAUGAAGACUAUGUUCGCGCCUGAGCGCCGAGUAACGGUGCUUUAAGUUUCCCUUCGUACUCAUGCACUUAGCUAACGAGCGCCCGGAGACAAGAAACCGCCGCAAUGAGUCCGCCGAAAAUCUGAUACAGGGUGAACGUGAUUUUGCAUGAUGGUACAGAGUACACGCUAGGGAAGUUUUGAUAAAUUACUCUUUGCUUUACAAUUACGGGUGAUGGAAUAAUGAUGGUUCUUUAGGCUGGAGAACUGAUUACAGCGUCACCCUGUAUGAGCCACGCGCAAAUAUUUCCUAAAUGAGCGAAGUGCGGAGCGGGGAGCGAGGUGCAUCGCCGAUGGCGUGCAUGGUGCACCACGAAACAGUGUGCUUUUGCAAUUUCGACAUUUGUCGGUAACAUUUUAGCAACGAUCGCGAGAUUUCUGAUGUUUUUUAUUUUAGAAAGUUGCGUCUCGCGCGAACCUUCGCUCGGCCCACAAAAUUGCCGCGUUAUUGCAAUUAUUUGCCGAUAUUUGCGACGCGCUUAAUGCAUCCACAGCUACAACUCGGCCGAAAAUCAAAAACGCAAACAGCGGCAAGUCGCGCGUAACGCGAGAACGACGACAGGUGCCCAGCUGUGACUAUAACACAAAGCUCGAAAAGAGAAAACGUAGAAAUAAUAGCACGAACGGAACUCCGUCAAGGAUAACGUGAAACGCCUGCAAAUGUCACACCAGCGCAGGACUAUUCCAAACACACACCUAAUACCUAAGUGAAUGUACAAACAAAGAUUACUAUUAGUCAUAUAAAUGAAAACAAAUGAACAAAGCAACAAAGGAAAUGUAAAUAUUUUUAUUACUUGAAAUUUUAGCUAGAGAGAGAGAAAUUUGUUAUUAUAUUGAAUUGAUUCGGACAAAAGUUAACGGUUUCAACUUAACUUAUCGAUGAAUUGCUUACACACAUUGAUCGACAACCUAAUUACGUGUAGUUAACUGAUAUAACUGAUAAAUAUAUUAGAUAGACAUUAAGAAAACGAGGUGCUUGGCCAACUUCUACUCGACGACAAUGCAAAGGUAGAGAUUGGCUCAAAUUUGGAAUCAUUUUUAACAGUCUAGCGCUUCUUCGUACGAUAUUGAAAUAUCCAUUAACGCUAAUUUUAGGCAUGCGACGAGUGUAACUGUUACUGCAAGGUUGUAUUCGUACUAUUCACCACAUUCUGGUAGAAGAAAUAUGAUCGACGAUUCAUUCAUUUGUGCGCUUUCUUACGUACGGGUAGUUUACAUUAUGCCGUCCUUCGAAACUCAACGAGCCGAAAUUAAGUGCAACAGAAUUCGCUAAUUGGAAAGACAAAAAUACUAUUAACACACACACACACACACACACGUACAUACAACACAUCUUCAAGUCACUCUCUUGGUUGUCCAGCAAUUAUUAAUUAUAUCUCACGUAAUUGUUGUUCAAGGCACCUGGAAAUUUUGUGAUUUGUUGCUUGAAGGUAUACCUACUUUAGCCAUUCUUUACAGUCUCAUGGUGUAUUACAAAACUGUGAUAAUCAAAUGAUUGCUGUAUUAAUAUACGCUACUGCACAUGCGCAAUAAUGACGAAAGACAUCACUGCAAUAUUCUAAAGUUUGGUUCAGCGCAUUGUACAUACAAACACUGUUAAACGUUCAAUUUAACCUUUUGUGUAUCCAUGAUAUAAGAUUAAUUCUAUUAUUACAUUACAUUUGCAGCUAGAUAAAUGAAUAAUCGAUUCGAAACAAAUGAAUAAUGUGAUGCUGAUGUAAGUGAACUAAAAUGUAACAAUGUAAAUACGAAUAUGCAAUUACUGAAACAAUUACGGUUAUGUUUCCACCAGUGAAAUCAAACGUAGAUCGAUAGUGAGGUUCGUUCAAUGUAAAUAUUGGCCAAUAGACGUGAGGUGGGGGUUAGUGAGGGUUUGCGCUAGCGCGCAUGCGCGUUGGAUGUUAUUCUGGUUUGUUUCCUUGGUUGCGGUGACACAUAAUAAUAUACAAUAGCGGAUACAAAUUGCAACCAGACGAUAUUGCGCAUUCAUAAAGUAAUUAAUUAACAAUAUUACACUAAUAUGCAAUGUGUUCCAUCGGAACGUAUGUUUGUUUGGACUUAUCGUUUGUGUUGUUUUCGUGGAACACUUUCUAUAUUAUAAACAUAGUUGAAUAUUUUAAAUAUUAAUAAAAUAAUUAAUGCUAUUACAA